UACCUACCUACGUCCGUUUCUUUUCCUUUCCUUCUCUCCUGGCCUUUGUUCUUCACUCCCCUGUGUCUCCAGAGAGGCGAGUAUGCAGCGAAGCGAUAGACUGAUAGAGCAGAGUUGUCGCAGGAGUGGAGUGGAGAAACUAUCCUUUCUUUCCUGUAAAUAAAAGGCUGCAGUCUACCAGUGAAGGAGGGGAGGGAGUGAUUAUUAUUAUCAAUAAAAGAAAAAAAAUGGGUGAUUUUGUUUGGAUGGAAGAAUAUACAGAUGGCCCCCCACUGUUUGCUCCCCCUUCAACCUCCAAAAGAAAGGCUCGAACGCCUAGGAAACUGGAAUUUACUGGAUGGGGCUCCACUCUCCUCAUUGCAUUCCUUCAAUCUAUUGGUACAGGUACCACCAAUCAGAUUUCUCAGUACGAUGUUACUGCCAUCAUUAACAAGUAUGUCAACGACCGCAACCUCCUCCACCCCACAAAAAAGAAGAGGGUUCUUUGCGAUGAAUGGCUUCUUCCUCUUUUUGGAAGGAAGACCAUCAAUCGAAUCCGAAUCUAUGACCUCCUCGAACCCCAUUUUGCUGAAAACAAAGUUGGUUCUGAUGAUGAUUUCUUUGAUACUACGGAUGAUGACGAGGAUAAUAAUGCCUACCAACGCCACAAGUGUUCAGCCUCGGAUAGAAAAUGUCAUUCUAAGAAAAGGGUUUUUGAAGCUCCCAAGAGCUGUUUUGCUGCUAUUGUUCCUGAUAACAUUAAGCUUGUUUAUUUGAAGAGGCUUUUGGUUCAGGAUCUUGCCAAGAACAACCCCGAAACAUUUCAAAGCAAAAUUGUUGGAAGCUUUGUGAGAAUCAAGUCUGAUCCUAAUGAUUACCUCCAGAAAAACUCUCACAUGCUCGUGCAGGUCACUGGUUUAGUGGAGUCUUCCAGAGCUAAUGGUAUUAACACUGAAAUGCUUCUUGAAGUUUCAAAUUAUAUGAAAGAUGUCCGCAUAUCUAUGCUUUCAGAUGAUAACUUUUCUAAGGAAGAAUGUGAAGAUCUGAAUCAGAGAGUAAGAGAUGGUUCACUCAAGAGGCCAACUAUUGUCGAGCUUGAAGAGAAGGCCCAAGUUUUGCAUGAAGAUAUAACAAAGCAUUGGCUUCGUGGAGAACUUGCUUUUCUUCAAAAGCUCAUUGAUCGGGCAAAUGAAAAGGGUUGGCGUAGAGAACUGUUUGAUUACUUGGAAAGAAAGAAGCUGCUUGAGACUCCUGAUGAACAGACACGGCUAUUGCUUGACAUUCCAAAAGUCAUAGCCGAUGAAAUAGAAGACGAGCCUGCACCAGAGGAUUUUCCAGUGAAUAUAAAACAAGGAAAUGAUGGUUCACCAAAAUCAUCUCUGGAUGGAGUUCUGGAAAUUCCCAAUUCUGAUGUAGCUUCAAAUAAAACUUCGACUUGGAUUUCUUUCAGCAAGAAUUCUGCAGGAAACCAAGCUGUCCUGGCAACACCAAAACAGAGCAACAGAAUGGAUCAUCAGCAUUUUGUUGAAGAUCAGCCAAAGCAAUUAACAAACAUCAUCGGGGAGAGCAACGAUGAAAUGCUGCCUGUCAACAUAGAAGAUAACAAGCACCGUCAAUGCUCGAUGGACGUGCUGGUGAUUGAUUUGAGCGACAGUGAAGAAGAUGAAGGCCCGAGGCAUAGAGAUAAUGUUCAGAUUAUUGAUUGUGAUCCGGGAAGUUUUUUGUGGCAUUAUUUAGAUCCCCAAGGAGAUGUACAAGGUCCCUUCUCUUUGACAUUAUUAAAACGUUGGAAUGAUGCUGACUACUUUCUUCCAGGGUUCAAGGUUUGGAAGACAGGACAGAGCCAAAACGAAGCAGUAUUAUUGAGUGAUGUUCUUCGCAGUAUUAUUGAGUGA